GAAAAAUCCUUUUCUUCGUAAACAGUUAUAAGAAUAACCAGAAAAGAGAAAAAAUCGCAGUAGGGGUUGGCCGGAGAUUAUUGUCUCGCCGUGUCCGGGUACAUAACCAGAGCCGGCGAUGGAGAACCGUGCGAUUCUCAGGGAGUGGUUCGACCGAGUUGACUCUCAGAAAACGGGAAGCAUAACUGCAAAUCAGCUCAAGAGUGCUUUUGCCGCCGGAAACCUUCAGUUUCCAAUUUCCGUUGUUCAGCAAAUGGUGAGGAUGUACGAUUUCGACAGAAAUGGAACUAUGAGCUUUGAAGAAUUUGUUGAGCUUAACAAGUUCCUUCUCAAGGUUCAACAGGCGUUUUCAGGCUUGGAGAGGGGACGCAGGUUUCUUGUUCCAGAUGAAGCAUACGAGGCAUUGGUGAAUAUUGGAUUCUGUCUUGACUCUCCAGCUUUUUAUACUGCUUGUGAGAAAUUUGAUCAAUCAGGGAACGGCAAACUCAAACUUGACGAUUUCAUAUCUCUUUGUAUAUUUGUGCAGUCUGCAAGGAACCUGUUUAAUUCAUUUGAUACAAGCAAACAAGGCAGGGUGACUCUUGAUUUCAACCAGUUUGUAUAUUGCAAGAGGAGAAAACUGAAAAACACAGAGAGAUUGCUACCUCAAAACCACACAUUCACUAUCUCUCAAAUGGAGUUGCAAAUACUCAAGCAUGGAGAAGCAAGCCGUGCCGAAAAGAACCAAAACACGAGCUUUGUUCCGUGUGGCGAUGAAGAAGAUGGAGUUCAAGUGGCGAAUCAAAUGUUGGAGAUUAUCGAAAAAGUCGGAUCCUACUCGACUUUCCGGAAAACUCAGAGGAAAGAGUGUCUCAAUUUGGUGAGAAGAUUGAAGCUUCUGACCCCUCUUAUGGAAGAAAUUAAAGAACUCGAGCCUUGCGCCAUUUCCGAUGAGAAUCUAAGCAAGCUGCUUCAUCUCAAGAAAUCACUUUUGGCUUCUAAGAAGCUGCUCAAGUCCUGCAACUCUGACAGCAAAAUUUUUCUGGCCAUGGAGAGUGAGGCAGUGAUGAGCAGAUUUCACGGCGUUUACGAUAUGAUAAACGAGGCUCUGAACAAAAUGCCUUACCACGAGCUAGGCAUCUCUGAAGAAAAGCGAACAGACACACAGGACAUGGAGCUGGCAAUGGACAUGAUGGUCGUUUUCUCCCGAAACGACGAGCGUGGCGCGGAUGAUGCAAUAAUCGAGCGCCUCGCCAAGAAACUCGAUCUAUACACACCGGCCGACCUCAAAGCCGAAACUACAGCUGUCAGAAAACUCGUCAAGGCCAAGGGCAAAAGUGCCGUUCAACGUGUGUUAGACCUGCUCCGAAAAUUCAAACUUGUAGCUGGGAUGGACGAUGAAAGCAUGCUCGACAACCCAACCCUCAUCAAGUGCUUGGAGAAGAGCCGUUCUCUGUUGAUCCCUCACGAGUUCCUCUGCCCCAUCAGCUUAGAGAUCAUGUCCGAUCCUGUAAUUACAGCCACCGGCCAGACUUACGAACGGGAGAGCAUUCAGAAGUGGCUCAACUCCGGCCACAGGACUUGCCCGAAAACCGGGCAGAAACUGAAUUACCUCACGGUGGCUCCGAAUUUCGCCCUGCGCAACCUUAUCCAGCAAUGGUGCGAGAAAAACAAUUACGAGCUCCCCAAGAAAGAAAUUUACGACGACCCCCACAUCGCCUCGUCACCGCUCGCUGAUGAAAUAUCUUGCCUCAUCCAAAACUUAUACUCUUCAGACACCGACAUGAAAAAGGAAGCCAUUGUACGAAUUCGCGUGCUCUCCAAAGAGUUUCCCGACAGUCGAGCCCUCAUCGCCAGUGCCGGAGGACUCCCGCCUUUGGUGUCUCUCCUCUCGUAUUCAGAUCCCGAAACCCAGCAGCACAUUGUCACCGCUCUUCUAAACCUCUCCCUCGACGAGGCCAACAAGAAGCUCAUAGCCAGAGAAGGAGCUAUUCCUGCUAUUAUUCAAGUCCUACGAAAAGGGACGCAGGAGGCCAAGGAGAAUUCGGCUGCCGCCAUUUUCAGUCUCUCGGUUCUCGACGAGAACAAGGUCUUGGUGGGCUGUUCCAAUGGGAUUCCGCCACUUGUCAGGCUACUGCAAACCGGGACGGAUAGAGGGAAGAAAGAUGCGGCCACUGCACUUUUCAGUUUAGUGCUCAACCAAACGAAUCGGUGGAGAGCAAUCAAGGCCGGGAUAAUACCUCCGUUGCUUCAUCUGCUGGAGAACAAGACGCUGGAUAUGGUGGAUGAAGCCCUCUCGAUUUUGCUGCUUAUCGCUUCGCAUCCUGAUGGGAGGAAUGAAAUCGGGAGGCUUUCGUUCGUGCAGACUCUGGUGAGGAUAGUGAGGGAAGGGACUCCCAAAAACAAAGAGUGUGCCACCGCAGUUAUUCUCGAGUUGGGCUCCAACAACUCUUCUUGUAUGCUGGCGGCACUGCAGUAUGGUGUUUAUGAGCAUUUAGUGGAGAUCACCAAGACAGGGACCAACAGAGCACAGAGGAAAGCCAAUUCACUUUUGCACCUCAUGACUAAGAACGAGCAUCUACCGUUUCUUCCGAGGAACAUUAAGUGAAUUCUCACAUUGAGAUUGAUGUUUUCAGUUAAUAUAAAUGCUGCAAAAACUGGAUUGUGUGAAUUCUCACAUUAUGCAAACAACUGUUGGCAUGAUCCUUGUUUCAAACGGUAAACAAACAGUUUGUAGUGAAAAAAAAAAUGAUAUGAAUGUGUAUGACAAGACAAGUUUGUAGUGAAAAAAAAAAUGAUAUGAAUGUGUAUGACAAGACAAAUAACCAUGAACGUAUGAAAUAACUCCAAGUCUGUUAUGAAUCACUCGGUUCAUUUUCUUCAUCACCAAAUGUAGGUAGAAUUGAUUUUAUCAAUCCUGAAAAGAAAACACAGAAGCUUUAUCUAACAGUUGGGGUAAUAUUUUCCGUUUCG